CAUUAUGAAUCUAAUAGAAUGUUUUGAGUUUAUAUCUAUGAUUUUAUUUUAUUUUAUUUUAUUUUAUUUUGAUUUUUGUUUUAAAAAUAUAUAUUUAUUAUAUAUAUAUAUAAACGUGUGGAUCUGGUCCCCCGGAUCCCCGUCUGGGUAUCCAAAUGCCCAAUUAAAUAAACCGCAACCGCACUAAUUCUCUCGUCUCCAUCUCCAGUAUCCUCCCUCUCUCCCAACGCCCAUGGCCAUGCCCUCGAAGUCACCCAUCAAUGUCCCACCUCCACAGGGAUCCUACGCCCCCACCGUGCCACAUCCUCCGGUUAAACCCGAAAUUUCCUCCACCUCUACUACCGGUGUGACCAAUCCUCGUCCACCGCCACCACCUCCCUCCUCCGACGCUGACGUCAUUCACGUCCCCAGCUACUCCCGGUGGUUUUCAUGGAACGCCACACAUGAAUGUGAGGUACGGUUCCUCCCGGAGUUCUUCGAUUCGCGGUCGCCUUCAAAGAACCCUAGGGUUUACAGGUAUUACCGGAACUCCAUAAUCAAGCUCUUCAGGGAGAAUCCUGCCAGGAAGCUUACAUUCACCGAGGCCAGGAAGACGCUGGUUGGGGAUGUAGGAUCAAUUCGUAGGAUUUUUGAUUUCUUGGAGGCAUGGGGUUUGAUAAAUUACUCUCCUUCGGCUUUGAACAAGCCAUUGAGAUGGGAGGAGAAGGAGACUAAGGGGCAAAGCAGUGGGGCCGCUGGUGAUGUAGGAGUCGCUUCCUUUGAUUCUUCUUCCCAGGUGAACAGGGAGAGUACCAAGAGGCUGUGUAGUGGAUGCAAGUCCGUAUGCAGCAUUGCUUGCUUUGCUUGUGAUAAGUAUGACUUAACUCUGUGUGCACGGUGCUAUGUACGUGGCAACUAUCGUGUUGGUGUCAAUUCUUCAGAUUUCAGGCGUGUUGAGAUCAGUGAAGAAACUAAGGCAGAUUGGACGGAAAAAGACACCUUAUUACUGCUGGAAGCCGUUGUGCAUUUUGGUGAUGACUGGAGAAGAGUUGCGCAUCACGUUGGUGGUAGAAGUGAGAAAGACUGUGUCAAUCAUUUUAUUAAGCUUCCAUUUGGGGAGGAAUUUUCUGGUUACUUAGACUCAGGGAAGAUGGAUAACAAGUGUCACCAAAUGAAGGACCAACGUACCGCUGAAUCUGGAUUGGAAAGUAUUGGUGUAUCAUCUCCAAGUAAGAGAAUGCGUCUUACACCACUUGCAGAUGCUAGCAACCCAAUAAUGGCCCAGGCUGCUUUUCUGUCAGCUUUGGCGGGUGUAGAGGUUGCUGAAGCUGCUGCUCGAGCAGCUUUGACCGCUGCGUCUGGAACAGACUCUAAAACUGGUGUAGGGGUCCCUGGUAUACUGGCCAGGAACACUAGACAGCAAGCCGAUAUUGCAUCUAACGGGGACACAUCUCCAACUACGAUGGGGGGAGCUAGUGUAGAAGCAAAAUCAAUGCUUGAGAAGGAAGAGCAAGAUCUGGAGAGAGCAAUUUCAGGAAUUGUAGAAGUGGAGAUGAAAGAGAUUCAAGAUAAGAUUGUUCGUUUUGAGGAGUUGGAUUUGCAGAUGGAAAAAGAAAGGCAACAACUAGAGCAAAUGAAGAACCAGCUCUUUGCUGAUAAACUUAGCCUUUUAUUUCCCACAAGUUCUUCCCCAAAUGCUGGAGAAGUAUUGGUGGAUAGUUUAAGAACAGAUUAACAGAUUAAUGAUUCCAAAUUCUUCUAUUUGUAUAUUUGUCAGAUGCCCAUUGGUAUUUAUCUCUAAUUCUCUAGGAUUGUGCGAAGAGUCACCCUCGAUAUUUGUUGAGUUCAUGCCUAAAUGUCUAAUUUCGUACAUGCCUGACAUUCUGCUAAGAAGCCCCUCUCUGA